AUGGGUGAAAAACUUAAGGGACCCGCGCCCGAUCCAAGGACCUCCAAGGCAAGGGUCACCUCAAAAGACGACGCGGGGACACUCGUCCGCGCGCGACCGCGUCCUCCCGCGCUCGCGAGCGCCAUGAUCGACCUCGAAGCGCGCGAAACGCUGCCGCGGCCGCGCCGCGACCGCACCGGCGCACGCGCGCUCGCGUUCGACGACGUCGACGCGGACGCCGCGACGCCGCGCGCGAGCGACGACGUCGCUCGCGCGCCUGCUCUCCCUCGUCCCGGGGCCCCCGCGUCGUCGUCUCUUUGGCGGGAGAACGCCGCGCGCGUCGCGCGCGCCGGAGACGCGCCGCGCGCGCGCCCGCCGACGUCGCGCGACGCGCUCGCGGCGGACCGCGACGUCCUCCGCGACGACGCGCGAUGCGGCGGCGGCGGCGGCGGGAGGGCGCCGCGGCGGGACGACCGUCGCGCGCGCGAGGGCGCGGAGCUCCUCCAGCUUCUCGCGUCGGGCGGGGGCGAGAAGAAGCGGUCGCGGUCGCGCUCGCGGUCGCGCUCGCGCUCGCCGCCCGCGCCGCCGAUCCGCACGCGCGGGGACGCGCGGGAGGAGGCGGUGACGUACCGCUGCGUGAAGCCCACGGGCGCGGGCGAGAGGAAGCGCGCGCGGUCGCCGACGCCGACGCCGCCGCGGUGCCCGUCGCCGGUCGCGUUCGAGGAGGAGGCGGAGGUGGAAAACGCGGCAAAAGAACCUCGGAAGCGCCCGUCGGCGCCGCCGCCGCCGCCGCCGGCGUCUUCGAUGCCGCCGAAGGACCCGGCGAAGAUGUCGAAGCGAGAGAGAAGCAAGAUGUCGAAGCGCGCGCGGUUCGAGCUGCGAGAGCGCUUAGCCGCGGAGGCGAGAGCCGCCGCGGAGACGGCGGCCCACGCGCCCGAGGAGCCGCCGCCGCCGCCGCCGACGACGACGACGACGACGACGACGCCGACGCCGACGACGACGACCGACGCCCCACCCCCCGCGAGAAAGAAGCGCCGCCCGCCGACGAAGAUCGAGUUCGACCCGGAGGAGGACCUCGAGAUGGGCAACACCGGGCUCGUCGGCCUCAAGUUCCUCCGAGACGGCGGCGCGUCGCUUCUGAAGCACCUCGCGCCGCCGGGCGACGACGCCGCCGCCGUCGCCGCCGCCGUCGCCGCCGCGCUCGCGCGAGACGACGUCGGCGAUGCGAAGUCGAUGACGCCGGCGGAGUGGCGCGCACUCGCGCGCGGGCCGCGCGGGGAGCACGUCGACGUCGACACGACCGCGCUGGGGCGAAGACGCGAGAAGACGCGCGGCGAUCGUCAGACGAACGGCGGCGGCCACGGCGAAGGCGGCGGCGGCUUCGACGCCGACGGCCGCGCGCGCGAGCGCGCGUCGCGGCCUUCCUCCAAGUUCAAAGGCAGCCGCCGAGGCCCGCGGAGCGACUUCAGCAACUUCCGCGGGGUGACGUGCUACAAGCGGACCGGGCGUUGGGAGGCGCACAUAUGGGACGCGGGGAGGCAGAGGCACCUGGGGUCGUUCGCGACGGCCGAAGGCGCCGCGCGCGCGUACGACAAGAGCGCGAUUAAGUUCCGAGGGUGGAGCGCGGAGCUGAACUUUCCCGCGGAGGAGUACGCGCGAGACGCGGCGUUCAGAGAGAUGCUGCGGGGUAUGAACAAGGGCGAGUUCAUCGUGGCGUUGAGGGUCGAGGGGAAGAUCAGCGGCGAGAGGUUGAAGAAGAAGAUGAAGAUGAAGAUGAAGGAGAAGGCCGCCGACGCCGACGCCGCCGCCGCCGACGACGCCGACGACGACGAUCGCGGCGAGAAAGAAGACGCCGCCGACGCCGCCGACGCCGCCGCCGACGACGACGCCGACGACGACGCCGACGAGCGCGCGUUCACUGAUCACGACGACGCAGCCGAGGAAGAGGAGGAACGCGACGACGCGAGCGACGCGGACGACGCCGACCCUCCGACGCCGUGCACGCGCGCCGCGUUGCGACUCGCGAAGUCCGCGGCUGCGGCGCGAGAACACGUCGUCCGCGCGCGGAUGAGACGGUUCGAUCGACUCGCGACGCGUCUCGCGACCGCGGAUUCGGGUUCGGUCGACGCGGGGCACGCCGCGCCGAAGCACGUCCUCGCGUUCGACGACGACGACGACGACGAUCCGUGGACGGUCAGGCCGCGGCGUCCUCUCCGCGACGACGACGACGACGACGACGAUGAAGACGAAGACGAAGAAGCCGCGGAGGGAGGACCCGAGGGCGCCGCCGCCGCCGCCGCGGAGACGCGCGAGCGCGCGCUUCUCGCGCUCGAGAACGCGCACGCGACCGCGGUGCGGAUGAUCGCCGCGGCGUUCGCGCAGAACGCGAUCGCGCGCGCGAUGUCCGCGAACGCGAUACGGCUGAUACAAUCCGCCGCGGUGGACGGCGUCCGAGUCGGCGCGGUCACCGCGAAAGAGUUGGAAGAGUCCGCCGUCGCAGCCGCGAGAGCCGCGGGCGCGGCGAUCGCGGGGAGCGGGCGAUGCCCCCCGGUGGGCACCGUCGGCACCUUCGGCACCUUCGGCACCCCCGCGCCGACGCCGACGCCGACGCCAACGGCGACGCGCCUCGGCGUCGGGCGGACGUUCCCGCUCCCCCGGCACCUCGCGGAGAGCCGCGUCGUCGCCGCCGCGGCGCGCCGCCGCGACGACGACGAGGACUAUGACCCGGCGCCGAGCCCGGUGAGCCCCGGUACGGCGCUUCCGGCCGCGGAGGCGCUGGCCGCGCUCGCGACGGGGAACGUGGAGGGUCCCGGCGGAGGGAAACGCCGCGGAGACGCGACAAAUCCGGAUCCGUCGCCGUCGACGUCGCCGUUCGUGUCUCCGGAGCGGUCCGCGCCGCAGCGCUGGGCGAGCGGCACCGGGCUUCUCGCGCGCGCGCCGCCGCCGUCGUGCUCCACGGCGUGGACCGCGUUCGACGUGGACGUCGUCGAGACGAGCGCGGACCUGGAGAAGACGUUUCGAGCCGCGGGGCGGUGA